UAUUCUGGGUCUCAAAGUAGCCUCCUCAGACUUGAUGUUGUCACCAUGGAGAUCAGUCUGUGGUUGCUACUGUUCUGUUGGUCAGCCGUCCUCCCCAAGACACUCUCUCAGCCUCUCACCACGUAUUUGGUGACAGCACCCACAUCUCUGCGUUUGGAUGCGGUGGAGACAGUACUGGUUCAGUUGUUUGGUUUCACCCAGCCAUUGGAGCUUUACGUCAUCCUGAAGAGCACUCAGGGCUCGCAGAGUGUGAAGUACUCGGAAGAAAGAUUGACUCUGAACCAGGCCAACAACUACCAGGCGGCCGCUAAAGUCCAGGUCUUGCCCAAAGAUUUGGUUGAAGGGGCUAGUAAUGUGGUCCUGCUGGUCCAAGGAUCAGGAAUAAACGACCAACGGGUGAUAGACAUCAGUCGGUCCAACGGCUUCAUGUUCAUCCAGACAGACAAGUCUCUUUACACCCCAGAACAGUCGGUCAAAGUCAGAGUGUAUUCUCUGAAUGAAGAAUUGAGACCAGCCAAUCGGAAAGUCAUCCUGACGUUUAAAGACCCAGAGGGGCAGAAGGUGGACAUUUCGGAACUAAUUGAUAAUAACAAUGGAAUCCCCUCGAUGCAAAACCCUUUCAAGAUCCCCCUGAAUCCAAAGCUGGGAGUGUGGAGCAUUGAGGCCACGUACUCCAAAGACUUCGACACCCAAGCCAUAGCUGUAUUUCAAGUGAAAGAAUAUGUUCUGCCCAGUAUUUCUAUCACAGUCAAACCAGAGGAAAACUUCAUCAGCUCUGAUAACUACCGAAGAUUUGCCUUCCAGAUCUCUGCCAGCUAUGUCAAUGGAGUGCCUGUCAGAAAGGGUGUUGUGUUUAUCCGCUAUGGUUUUAUUUCAAACAAGGAGGAGCCAGUGAUAUUCCCCAACUCAUUAACUAGGAAGCUUCUGUCGCCCUUAGGAGUUGUGGAUGUGAAUCAAGACAUUAAGGCUCUCCUGGCUGGCACUGCCCGCUACACGUUGGAGUCACUGAUCAAAAAAUCCCUCUACAUUACAGUAUUGGUCCAGGAAGAACAAGGUGGUAUCUCAGAGGAGACCGAAUAUACGGCUGUGAAGUUUGUAAGAUCUCCGUACAGUCUGCACCUGAUCUCCACCCCCCGCUUCGUCAAACCAGGGCUCCCCUACAAUAUCAAGGUGCUGGUGAGGGAUCCCACAGGGCAGCCAGUGGCUGGAGUCCCGGUCAACAUAGUGGACAAAUGCAUCGUCCGGGGGUCGCCCACUUCAUGCUACUGCUCAGGGAGCGAAGAGAGCCAAUCAGAUGGCUUCAUUGAGCGCAUCUGCAACAUCCCUCCACACACAGCAAUGGCUGUUCUUACGUAUGUGACAGCAGCCCCCGCUCUGUCCGCCGAGGGGCAGGCCAGCUUCAUUCUGGAGGCUCCGGCGUACAAUUCGCCCCAAUCGCUCUACCUCUACAUCCACCAUCCACAGCGGGGAAGCCUCGUCAUCGGACACCACGUUCAUAUCCGGGUCUCUGCCGCCACAGCCAGAAAUGUGCCCUCCUUCAACUACAUGGUGCUGUCUAAGGGAAAGGUGGUGACCUUUGGUGUUGUAGAGGGUUCUGGCGUCUCCGGACAGAAUCAGUUUGUGCGGUUUAGGGUUACGCCAGAGAUGACGCCAUCCAUUCGCCUGCUCGUCUAUUACCUCAUCGAAAGAGAAGUAGUGGCGGACUCUUUGUGGAUAGAAGUCGAGGGAAAAUGUGUCAACAGUCUCAAGACUGAGGUUCGCUACAGAAGACGGGAUCAGAGGCCCAAGUCCCACCUCCUGCUGGAUGUGUCAACCAAGCAGGACGGACUUGUUGCUCUCUCUGCUGUGGAUACAGCCAUCUUUCCCCUGCGUCGCAAUCACAAGGACCCUGUCGACAUGGUAUUGAGGCAUAUUGAGCUCAGUGACCAGGGCUGCGGGGCCGGCGGGGGAGGGGAUGCCCAGGGCGUCUUCCAAUUGGCUGGCCUCACCUUACUGACCAAUGCCAUUCACCAAGGGUCACAAAGUGCUGGGACUUGCACAGAAGCGGUACGUGCAAAGAGAUCCCUCACAGAAAAGGAGCAGAAAGCUGUGAUGGGAAGGAAACUCCCAGGUUCGAUUCGGGAAAAGAGAUCCCUCACCGAGGAGCAGAAAAUGGCAAUGGUGGCUGGUCAUGGAAACGUAGGCAGGUGCUGCAGGAGGGGUCUGGACCACAUUCCCAGCCAUGUGACCUGUGAGCAGUUUGCUAUCCAAUCCGUUGGUGAAAGGUACCCACGCUGCAGGAAAGCCUUCCAGGACUGCUGCAAACGCAUGGUGGCAAGCCUCCCAGAAGAUCUCCAUUAUUCUGGACGAGGUCAGGCUGAAUUCUUCCAUUUGGCAGCACCACCCCAACCGGCUCCUGCUCUUCGAGCAAAGAGAUCUCUCACAAAUGCCCAGGAAAAUGAAUUGGUGGCUGGUCAUGGAAAAGUAGGCAGGUGCUGCAGGAGGGGUCUGGACCACAUUCCCAGCCGUGUGACCUGUGAGCAGUUUGCUAUCCAAUCCGUUCUUGAAAGGUACCCACGCUGCAGGAAAGCCUUCCAGGACUGCUGCGAACGCUUGGUGAAAAGCCUCCCAGAAGAUCUCCAUUAUAAAAGAGGAGCUCCGGGCUCCCCGGGUCUUGCUCCUCGAGCAAAGAGAUCUCUCACAGAGGCCCAGGAAAAUGAAUUGGUGGCUGGUCAUGGAAACGUAGGCAGGUGCUGCAGGAGGGGUCUGGGCUACAUUCCCAGCCAUGUGACCUGUGAGCAGUUUGCUAUCCAAUCCGUUGAUGAAGGGUACCCACGCUGCAGGAAAGCCUUCCAGGACUGCUGCAAACGCUUGGUGGCAAGCCUCCCAGAAGAUCUCCAUUAUUCUGGACGAGGUCAGGCUGAAUUCUUCCAUUUGGCAGCACCACCCCAACCGGCUCCUGCUCUUCGAGCAAAGAGAUCUCUCACAAAUGCCCAGGAAAAUGAAUUGGUGGCUGGUCAUGGAAAAGUAGGCAGGUGCUGCAGGAGGGGUCUGGACCACAUUCCCAGCCGUGUGACCUGUGAGCAGUUUGCUAUCCAAUCCGUUCGUGAAAGGUACCCACGCUGCAGGAAAGCCUUCCAGGACUGCUGCGAACGCUUGGUGAAAAGCCUCCCAGAAGAUCUCCAUUAUUCCAGAGGAGCUCCGGGCUCCCCGGGUCUUGCUCCUCGAGCAAAGAGAUCUCUCACAGAGGCCCAGGAAAAUGAAUUGGUGGCUGGUCAUGGAAACAUAGGCAGGUGCUGCAGGAGGGGUCUGGACCACAUUCCCAGCCGUGUGACCUGUGAGCAGUUUGCUAUCCAAUCCGUUGGUGAAGGGUACCCACGCUGCAGGAAAGCCUUCCAGGACUGCUGCGAACGCUUGGUGAAAAGCCUCCCAGAAGAUCUCCAUUAUUCUGGACUAGCGCCGCCCCAACCGGCUCCUGUUCCUCGAGCAAAGAGAUCUCUCACAGAGGCCCAGGAAAAUGAAUUGGUGGCUGGUCAUGGAAACGUAGGCAAGUGCUGCAGGAGGGGUCUGGGCUACAUUCCCAACAGUGUGACCUGUGAGCAGUUUGCUAUCCAUUCAAUUCGUCAAGCGUACCCGAGCUGCAGGAAAGCCUUCCAGGACUGCUGCGAACGCAGCUUGGCACACAUCACAGGAGAUUUCCAAUAUUCCCGACCAGGUUUCCGCCCAGGUUUGGUUCGGGCAAAGAGAUCUCUCACAGAGGCCCAGAAAAAUGAAUUGGUGGCUGGGCAUGGAAACUUAGGCAGGUGCUGCAGGAGGGGUCUGGACCACAUUCCCAGCAGUGUGACCUGUGAGCAGUUUGCUAUCCAAUCAAUUCGUAAAACGUACCCGCGCUGCAGGAAAGCCUUCCAGGACUGCUGCGAACGCGGAUUGGAAAGCCUCUCAGAAUAUCUCCAAUAUUCCAGAGAUAUGGGCUCUGACUUGGACAUGGCCCCUUCAGUCAGAAGCUACUUCCCAGAGAGCUGGCUGUGGGAGGUCCAGCCCGUCAGAGACCACCUAUUGUCAGUGAACAUGAGUCUACCAGACUCUCUCACCACCUGGCAGAUCACUGCUGUUGGAAUGUUCCAGAAUGGUAUCUGUGUUCAGGAUCCUGUGCAGGUAUCAGUCAGUCUUCCGGUUAGUGUCAACAUUCCUCUGCCCUACCAGCUGGUCCGAGGAGAACAGCUCGACCUGCUGGGCUCCGUUUAUAAUGAGAACAUUGAACCCAUACAGUAUUGUGUAACUCUGACGGUUGGUCCAGAGUUCUGCUUGCUCCACUCACAAUCCGAUGGGGACAGUGGCCUGCAAACCACAGCUUGCGUGUGGACCCAUCUCUCUGGUUCUGGAGUGGGGAAAGGGGGCCCCUUCACCCUGCUGGGUCUAAAGCCUGGGGAGCACACCUUGAUAUUCACCCUGAGGACCAGGGACAGACCAGGGGCCCCCAGAGACAUCGUGAAGAAGAAGCUCCGUGUGGUGCCUGAAGGUGUUAGAAAGGAGACCUCCUCUGUAGGAACUCUGGACCCUCAAGGCAUAUAUGGCUCGGAGAAGAUAAAAGUGCUGCUUAAGAAUAGACCUCCUCCCGACCUGGUCCCUGACUCGUCUGUUGAGCGCUCCCUCUCCUUCAAUGGGGUGAUCAUGGGUAAGAUGCUGUCUGUGAUACUGGAGCCAGAAGGGUUGGGGAAGCUCAUCCGUCGGCCCUUGGGAUCUGCAGAAGCUGGGCUGGAUGGGCUGCUCCCCCUCAUCCAUGUGUACAGGUACCUGGAGUGGAACGACCGCUGGAAUGUUCUGGGGGAGGACGUCCGGGCCAACAUAUUCAACCUAAAGACAAGGAUCAAAGAGGGUGUGGUCAAUAUGUUGUCCUUCAGAGUCAAGGAUAAUCCGUCUUCUUACAGCUUGUGGAUGAAAGGAAAGCCAAGCACACGGUUGACCGCCAAGGUGGUCCAUACAUUGGCUCUGCUAAAGGAUGUGAUCAAGGUGGACUAUACAUCUGUAGGAUUGUCUGUGGACUGGCUCAUCAACGCCCAGAAUGGAGAUGGCUCCUUUAGAGAGCUGGCCUUGGAUUCCAAAAGAGUGACGGCAGAUCCCGAGGAACACUCUGUCUACUUGACAUCCUUUGUGCUGAUCAGCUUGAAGAGGGCCACACAAAUUAAAUACCCGGCUUUGCAGCUACAAUCCCAGCGUGACGCUAUGACGCAAGCUGUACUCUACAUUUCCCAGCAUGUCAUGCAUGUGAAGAGUUUGUAUGUGCGUGCAGUUGCAACUUAUGCCCUCACAUAUCAUAACAUCGACAAUGAAAUGGCCACAACGCUGUUCGAGAACCUGGAGGGUCUGGCCCGACAGAAAGUGGGUACCAUGGAACUGAGAUAUUGGCAGGAAUCCAAUGUGGCUGAGUGGCAGCAGCCUGACCAAUCAAGUGGCCUGAUGGUGGCGACCACCGCCUAUGUCAUGCUCACCUCUGUGUUCAAGGGGAGGUUAUACUACGUCAAGCCCAUCGUCAACUGGCUGACCCAGGACCAGCACUAUGGAGGAGGCUUUUAUUCCACCGAGGACAUGGUGUUAACCCUGGAAGCCAUUACGGAGUACAGCCUGAAGUUAUCCCGGUCCGAACUCAACCAGGACAUUGUUGUCUCAGGGAAGGACAUUAAGGCUCUCGUAAAACUCAGGGAAAACCUACCCAUGGUCCCGCCCGUACAGGUGCAUACCUACGGUGACAUCACGGUGUCAACAGGAUAUGGGAACGGUGUCUCUCAUGUCGAGCUCAAAACCGUAUAUUACCAGACCACGGUAUCCCUUAAGGAAUGUAACUUUGACUUCAAUAUAGAACUAACCAAAAAAAGUACCAGAACCCGGUAUCAUUCCCUAACAGCCUGUGUCAAAUACAGGCCCCCACCAAACGAGGUUGAGCCAGAGUCGGGCCUGACUGUGUUGGAGAUUCAUCUUCCAACAGGAGUUCAACCAAACCUUAAUGAACUUGAACCAUUUAAGAACGGUGAUAUUCCUGCCAUCUUGAGUUAUAAAAUGAGAGGAAACGUGGUCAUCAUCGAGAUGGAAUAUGUACCGUCUGAUAUCUUCCGGUGUAUAGGGUUCCGGGUCCGUGCAGAGUUUAACGUGGUGGCAGCGGCAAAGUCCAUCUUCAGAGUGUUUGAGAGCGAGGUUCAAGGCAGUGUGUGUGAAAAACAAUUUUCGUUUGCUGAGGAGGAUCUACAGCGACUGUGUUUUGGGAAGGAGUGUCAGUGCAUGAAAGCCGCUUGCGCCACAUAUAGAGGAAACAGCACCGCCCUUACAGCAGAAGAACGCAUCCUGGAGACCUGCUAUGAUCAUAUCCAAUAUGCGUACAAGGUAAAGAUUAAGUCUGCAGUGGCUGAAGGGGACUUUAUGACCUACACGGCCAUCGUAGUCCUAGUCCUGAAACAAAAGGACCGAGCGUUUGAGGGUGUUAGGCCAGGCGUUGAGGUGGCCCUGGUGAAGAAGGCCACCUGCAGCUGGGUGGAGCUUCAUAAGGACGCCCAUUUCAUAGUGCAGGGCUCCCGUGGCUCAGAGCUCCUCUCCAAUGACAACGUCAGGUACCGUUUUCCUCUGGACUUGGAUGCUGUUCUUGAGCUGUUGCCAGAUUGUGGUCCUACUGGCUGCAUGGACUCUGAACUGAAUCAAUAUGAAGAGGACCUCCAGAUUUUUGGCUGUGGCUAACCAGCCCUGUUAUGAAUAGGAUUAAUUCCUUUUUAAUAAUGAGCAUAUUUGUUUUCUUCCUCAAGUAAUUUUUUUGCAGGCAAUACAUGCAGUAUUUUCAUAGAUUUAACAUGGUAACAACAAGCAAAAACAAUCCGAAAUUCUCUCUCGCUCGAUCGAUCAAAAACAAACGUGUGUGUGUGUUUAAAGUGUGUGUUGUAGGUGAUUAUUUUAAUUCAUUAUUUAGGAGCUUUUCAUUCAAUUAUCAACUGGGAUCAAUACAACCUAUUGUUGGAAAUAUGGGUAAAAGUUGCAGACAGAAUUUCCUUUCGGAGAUUCAUUUAAGUGUGUUAUUUUAAAUAUACCAAACAAUCAGCUUUCCCAACUAAAUAAAUAAAUAAUCUGAUACAAUUGCACCCACUCCGUUAUGGGUUAGUCAUUCAUUCUGUUAUCUCUGUGAGACCAUCCAGAUCUCACAUUGUGAGUAACCAUUUUGUUUCUGUCUGCAGAUCAUAUUCACAAUGUCUGCGCUUUAAUAUCUGGAUGUCUCAAAAACCUUACUCUUUUUAAUAAAGAGAAAUAUUUAAUAAAGAUCAUUAAAAAAUAAGGAUAGGCCCUAAAGAUCCCAUGGCAUGAAAAUUUCACAUUCUGAGGUUCUCUAACAUUAAUAUGAGUUCCCCUAGCCUACCUAUGCUCCCCAGUAGCUAGAAAUUUCAUUGGGUGUAAAACGAGCACCAGGCAUUCUGCUCCGCCUUUGAAAAAACGAAACUCAGACGCGCCGUUUUGGAAUUUUCCCUGUAUGUCGUCAUAAAGGGAGAUGACACAUCCCCUUUCUCUGCCUUUCCAGCCCAGAGAAUUUGGCCCGGCAAUGUCCUACGGCCGUGCGAGUGUCACAUACGUGUGUGUGUGUGUGUGUGUGAUUACACACACUGCAACGCAAGCGUUGUACACUUCUUUGUUAUUUGGAUAACCGUUCUGCUGUUGGUGUUAUGGCGCAUAUCACGUCGGUUCUUUGACGUCUCUGGUAUUUCCACAACAAGUCUGUAGUUGGGGUUAUCUCAGCCAUCGUUGAGCCCCGCAGCCUGCCGCCCGCUGCUGCGAGGCACCACCGCCGCGAAGCACCACCGCCCGGCAGCGGGCAGCAGGCAGCCGACAGCAAGCAGCGGGCAGUGGGCGAUUCAGUCUACUUCAGAUUGCUGUGGAAGUGGAAGAACCAGAGUCGCGGAGAACCCGCCGCAGUCGUUUGUGAUUCGAAAUAUCGUCUGGAGACGCACACAGCUUUUGGUCAUGAUAAUAUGUAUUAUAUGAUAUUAUUUAGAUAUAGAGCUCCAGGACUGUAACGCAAUUGUUGUACACUUCUUUGUUAGUUGGAUAACCGUUCUGCUGCUGUUGGUGUUAUGGUGCAUAACACGUCGGACUCGAACGAGACUAGUAGUGGGGGUUAUCUCAGACAUGGUUGAGAAGGAAUUGGGGGAAAGGAACUUUGCUUUGUCUCCCUGAAGUACAUGAACCAAGACAUGGAGGAGAAAGGGUUUGUUGCCCGCGAUUGUCUCCCGCUGAGCCCCUCUUCCCGCUGCCGAGGGACCACCGCCUGGUGGUGCCUAAGUGCUGCAUCUUGCCGACUGCCGAGGCGACUGCCGACUGCCCUCGACAGCAAGGCUCAGACGGGAGACAAUCGCGGUCAACAAUCGCGGGCAACAACCCCUUUCUCCUCUAUGUCAUGUUUCAGUCUACUUCAGAUGAUGUGAACGUGGAAGAACCAGAGACGUCGAAGAACCCAAUGAAGUCGUUUGAGAUUCAUAAUAUCAUCACACAGCCCACUAAUAUCUAUAUUAAACCAUUCAUAAAGUAGCAUGCCAUGGGACCUUUAAGAAGGAAAAAAGCAUUGAAGCCGAUCAUUAAAAUCCACUUGCCCCCUGGAUUCGGCCAUCCAGUCAAGAGGUCUACAGAACUGUGGGUAAAGGGAGAGCCCAUAAAGAAAGCUUUGGGCGUGUUAGGGAUGCAGUGGCAUUAGAAAUUAAUGUACAUGUACACAUCUCGUGCUUAUUGAGGACUAUGACACCUAUUUUGGUGAGGACUACGACCCUCUCAGCUAGGCUCUGGUUCGACCUCCAAUUCAAAAGUUUACACGGCUGUGUCACGGAGUGAUUACUGCCCGGGCUCACCGGGCCCCCAGGCCCAGUGGGCCAAGGGGGCCCUGUUGUAGGGGCAAUAUUUUCCCUACAUUAUUAUACCUACUGAUAUCUUAAUGGGGCCUCAAGCCAUAUAACAUUGGUCAUAUUAUGUAAUAUGUCUCAAUAGGGCCCCUCAACCAUAUGCCACAGGUUGUGUCAUUCAUCCCUCAGGUUGUGUCAUUCAUCCCUCAUACGUGAAAGGGCCCCUUCAAAUAAAAAUAAACGCACAUUAUAGGUCAUAUAGGGCCCCUGAAUCACAGAUUAUGUAUAUUAUUCAUUCCUAAUAUCGGAAAAGGACCCCUAAAUCAGUUAGCAUAGGUCAGGAUAUGUCAUAUAGGGCCCUGAAACACGGGUUAUGUUAGUCACUCUUGGUAUCUGGAAGGGGCCUCAAAAUUAAAUAGCAUGGGGUUUAAUUUGUCAUAUGUCUUAAUAGGGCCCCUGAACCACAGGUUAUGUUGUCAAUAAGAUAACGUGGGGUAUGUAAUGUCACACCCCCCUCUAUCUGCUUCAUCAGUCUGCUGUCCACAGUAGCCGCAGUUUCCGACAAUGCAGCGUGCUCAUACUGGCCAGAUGUAUUGGCCCCUGAUGUAGGGCCCCUAAAUCAUAUACCACCAUGGGUUGUUAUAUGCCAUAUUAUUAUUAUAUUAUUAAUUCUAUGAUAUGAUUGGAUGUGUCAAUAGAGCUUGUUAGACUGUGGACAGGAACGGUUACAAUACUAACGGUUACGUCAAUGCUAGAUAAAAUGUUUGGGUGGUGGGGGAGGCCUUUUCUCGUCGCCUGGGCCCAGGGGCCCACUGACUCAUAAACCGUCACUGGGCAGUAAAAAUUUUAUCUCCCCUUUCAAGAAAAGUUCAGUUAUUUUUAAUUGUUUAAAUAUUCCCCCAGAAUUAAGUCCCAAAUGCUUCUCAACUGUCAAGAAGCGCUCCCUCUUUGAACCUGGUUUAAAACAUCACUUAACCACCUGCACUCAAUUAAAGGUGUAGUGUGUAGAAUUCAGUGGUAUCUAGUUUGAACGGUCCUGGCAGAAAUGAUGGCUCAAUCAGUGUAUAAACCCAUGAAAAUAAGAAUAAUUGGGGUGCCCCCGGUGCUUCACCGGGUAGAGCGCAUACCACUAAGGCCCAGUCCUUACCACAGCGACCCGGGUUUGAUUCCUGCCCGUGGUCGUUUGCUGCAUGUCUUCCCCUGUCUCGAAUAUCUUUGUCUUACUCACUCUACAAUAAAAAGGAUUAAACCUUCAAAAAA